CGUGGAAUACGGUAAACAAGAUGGCGGCCGCCUCAGUCGAAAACAUUGUAAACGGUGUAGAAAAUAUAAACAUCACACAUGAUAAAAACGACAAUAAGACCAGCUUGAAUCUCGAUGAUCAGUACAAAUUAAAAUGGGGCUUUCCCUUGGAGGAAGUAUACAAGAUCGCCUUACGUUUUUUUAAAGAGAAAGAGGGGAAAGCACUCCAGCUGACCUACCAGACAAAGCUCAAGUUAGUGGCCUUAACCAAGCAGGCAUCCUUUGGCAAGUUCCGACCUGACUGUUCACCAGAUGUGGGUUUUCUAGACGUUGUGGGCAACGACAGGAAGCAAGCUUGGCAAGCAUUAGGAGACAUGUCUAAGGAAGCAGCUAUGGCUGACUUUGUCCACAAGAUGGCUGAAUCCUGCUCCUUGUUUGAACCUUAUGUAGAGGCACACAAGGCAGAGAAGGAGGAGUCAGAGAGAAAACAAAAAGAAGAAGAGGAAAAGAGGAAACAGGAAGAGGAGGAGACAAAGAAAAAAGAAGCAGAGGCUGCAGCACAGCAGGCGCUUGAGGCAGAGAAACUGAAGCAACAGGAGCAAGAGUUACAGAUUCGAGCGGCACUGAACCAACAGACACAAGUACAGUUCAGACAGUACGCAGAACAGCAGUACCCAAAUAACAAAGCAAUGCAAGAUGAGCUGAUCAUCCAACUCCAGGACCAGCACUUCCAGCAGUACAUGCAGCAGGUGUACCAGCAACAGCUGCUACAGCAACAGACCACAACAGCCAACGGAGACAUCACCACCAACACAACCAGCACAGAGCCAGUGAAGGCUUCCCCUAUCCCAGAUGGUGUCACGCCUAUUUCUCCCUGUGGAGAGGAUGAAGAAGCGGCCAUAACCUCGGUGCCUAAAAUUGUGCCUGCCUCCUUGUGGACCAGAAAAGAUCUUAAGGAGUUUAAAGAUGGCUUAAGGUCAUCUAAAGAAAACGUAGUUCGUAUUGGCUCUCUGGCAACAGCCACGGUGAGAGUUCCAACCCAUGAAGAUGGCACCUGCCUGUUCUGGGAGUUCGCCACAGACUACUACGACAUUGGGUUUGGUGUGUACUUUGAGUGGAGCGUCUCCCAGACCAACACAGUCAGCGUGCAUGUCAGCGAGUCCAGUGACGAGGAGGAUGAGGAGGAAGAGGGCGCCACCAAGACAGAAGAAGGUAAAGCGGGUGAUGUAGAGAAAGGUCCAGGCUCCAAGAAAGCUGAGAACCGGCCCCCCACAGACGAGAUCAUCCCUGUCUACCGCAGGGACUGUCACGAGGAGGUCUACUGUGGGAGCCACACCUACCCCGGGCAGGGCGUUUACCUCCUCAAAUUCGACAAUUCCUACUCGCUGUGGCGAUCAAAAACACUGUACUACCGGGUGUACUACUCUAGAUAAGAAGACUUGCUUUAGAUGAUCUGUUAUGUAAGGACAUGUGAAUGGAUGUGAUAGUUUGACACUGUGGAGGAAAAAAGCCGUUGUGAUGUAAUAAUUUUUUUUUAAACAGCCAGUUGCUGGCGACAGCUUUCAUGCGAUGAAGGCUGUGUGUACAGACCAUGUGAGACUAGACCAAUCUGUUGUGGGGCUACCGAGAUGAUCUCACAACUUUUAACGCUACUGAUGUUCUUUGAUGUUCUCUUGAUUUCCCAUUUCGAUGAGGAUUUUUUUUUUUUUUUCAAUGUCCCAACCAUGAAAAGUGCAUCUCACUUUUUGCCUUGUCUUAUCCCAAGCUUGUUGUUUUUUAGUUGUCAGUGUGGCUUUUUGUUGAUUUCUGUUUUGUCAGUUCAUGUACUUUUGAUAGCUAUAAACUUCAUCUGGAGAUCAUUCAGUUUGUUUCUUUUAAGACACAGUGGUCAUUUGUUACACACUACGGUCAUUUUUUUUUUAAACUCAACACAUAUUUGUUACAUGAAAUGUUCGUUUGCUUUACAUGGUCAUUGCUUUGCAGGGUCGUUAAGUAAAUCUGAGCUAUUAAAAAAAAAAUAAUUAUAAUUUAAUUUAUUGGUGUAAUGGAUAAAAUUACUCUUCCAAUAAUGCCUAAGUCAAAGGUUUUUUCCUAGAAGACAAAUUACUAGCCAGAAUGGCUGUUCUUGUUUUUAAGUGCUAAUUGAAGGGGGGGGGGGGGGG